GCCCAAGGAGGUUGGGAGUGGGAGGUGGCGGCUGAGCCCGGUAGUGCCUUGGAAGAUGGCGCCGCCGGUGACGGAACGGGGGCUGAAGAGCGUCGUGUGGCAGAAAAUAAGAACUUCUGUGUUUGAUGACUGCAAGAAAGAAGGCGAAUGGAAGAUAAUGCUGUUAGAUGAAUUUACUACGAAGCUUUUGGCCUCAUGUUGCAAGAUGACAGAUCUUUUAGCAGAGGGCAUAACUGUGGUGGAGAAUGUUUAUAAGAAUCGUGAACCUGUAAGACAAAUGAAAGCGCUUUAUUUUAUCACUCCAACAUCAAAGUCUGUAGAUUGUUUUCUACGUGAUUUUUCAAGUAAGUCGGAGAACAAAUAUAAGGCAGCGUAUCUAUACUUCACUGACUUUUGCCCUGAUAGUCUCUUCAACAAAAUUAAAGCUUCUUGUUCUAAGUCAAUCAGAAGAUGUAAAGAAAUAAAUAUUUCCUUCAUUCCACUUGAAUCUCAGGUGUAUACUCUUGAUGUACCAGAUGCAUUCUAUUACUGUUACAGUCCAGACCCUAAUAAUGCAAAUGAAAAAGAUGCCAUUAUGGAAGUGAUGGCUGAGCAGAUAGUUACAGUAUGUGCCACCCUGGAUGAAAAUCCUGGAGUAAGAUAUAAAAGCAAACCUUUAGAUAAUGCCAAUAAACUUGCACAGCUUGUUGAAAACAAACUUGAAAACUACUACAAACUGGAUGAAAAGAGCCAAAUAAAGGGGAAAACACAUUCCCAGCUCUUGAUAAUUGACCGUGGCUUUGAUCCUGUCUCCACUGUCCUGCAUGAACUGACCUUUCAGGCAAUGGCAUACGAUCUACUACCAAUUGAGAAUGAUACAUACAAAAUUCUCUCACAACUUGACAGGGAAAUUCCCAAGCUUAUGAAAGAAAUUUCAUCAACAAAGAAAGCAACAGAAGGAAAGACAUCACUGAGUGCUCUUGCCCAGCUGAUGAAAAAGAUGCCCCAUUUCCGUAAACAGAUUACUAAGCAAGUUGUCCAUCUGAACUUAGCCGAAGACUGCAUGAAUAAAUUCAAGCCUAAUAUAGAAAAACUAUGCAAAACUGAACAGGUGUGUACAGAGUCAGAAACACCUGGCUAUCAGCACAGCUGGGACAUCGUCCUGCCCAAGUCACAGCAGGCGAGACCACAAAGAAAGGAUCGGACUGCAGAAGAAACUUUUCAGCUCUCUCGAUGGACACCUUUUAUCAAAGAUAUUAUGGAGGAUGCCAUUGAUAACAGAUUAGAGUCAAGAGAGUGGCCAUAUUGCUCACAGUGCCCAGCAGUUUGGAAUGGCUCCGGAGCUGUGAGGUAAACAUUAAAAACAAAGCCAGUGAA